AUGUAUGAGCGGCUAAUUCGAGAAAUAAAGAAGACCCUCUACAAGACUAUGGGGAGGUCAAGUCUGCAUUACGAACAGAUGGAGGAAGUUGUCGUCGACAUCGAGCGACAUCUAAAUAAUCGACCACUCACGUACGUAGAAAGUGACAACGGAGAAGACCACGUCCUCACCCCAAACAUCAUCAUGUGGGGGCAGGAUUCUCACAUUCUUGAAGAUAUCGAGGUUGACGAAAACGAAGUUAGCAAGCUGCAUGCGCGACUAAUGAUGAAACGAGAGCAAGUUUGGCAGCGUUGGAGACGAGAAUACAUCCACAGCUUGAUGGAGAGUCACCGCGUUAAGAGGGGAGGUAACAUCACUCCUGACAUAGGAGAAGUCGUUCUUCUAGUUGGAGAAAGCAAAAACCGAGAAAUUAGAGCUGCGAGCAAGCAGAUACCAGAGCGUGCGCCACCUGCAGCAUCGGAGGUCAUCGUGAGGCCGACUCGAGGAGCAGCACGAGAUGCGCGCGAAAAAGUUCGCGUCCUACUCGAAGAUGACGAGUGAACUCGGUGACAACACAGCAAGAAGACUACGUUGUAAAAGCGGAAAGUCAACGAUGUAAAUAAUACGGGACUUAUUCUACAAACUCUAUACAGAAAGAGACUUUAAAGAGACUCUUAUUGUUUUGUCUAUAAAAUUAAUUCAAGGAUCAUCAAUUUUAGGGGAGAGUGACCGGAACUGAUUUGGUGUCAUUGUGUGACAAAUUGUAAAUAGUCAUUUGAUUCCAUUAUUGUAAUAUGAGAGGGGGUGUGUGAGAGUAGAGGGAGAACAGCGCGUGAAGAACACGAGACAAGACAAGCGAGGAGAGAGAGAUAAGUGAACACUUUUUAUACUUUUACUACUUGAUUACA